AUGCCGCCCAAGGGUUUCAAGAGCAACGUCUCCCCGGAGGUGAUUGCGGCCCGAAAGGAAAAGCUCGAAUUUCUGUCUCAACAGUGCGCAGCAGUGGAAAAGAUGCUGUCCAUUUGUACAGACCAGGGCCUCCGCCUCAACGCUCAGAUCGCCGAGCUCGAGCGACGCAUCGCCGAGGCCGAGGUACUGACGGAGCAGGAGAACCAUGACUUGGAUGUGACGGUAAAGAUUGUCACAAACUAUGCGACAUCGAAUCUCGACCAACUCCAGCAGCGCCACCUGAAUAUGGAGAAGACGGCGCACGAGGCCGAGGCGGAGAAUGAGGCGCUGCGCGUGAAGAUAGCGGAGCUGACUGAGCGCAGAGAGGCCGAGAUCGAGCAGUGGGAAGCGAAGGUAGAGGAGCAGCGGGCGCUCAUGAACCAAAAGGCGCUGGACUUUGGUAUGCAGCUGAAGGAGACGUUAGCCAAGAGGUACCCCACAGUGUAG